AUGAGCGCUCGGCGUGCCUGCAAUUCACCAGGCACGGAGGUCAUUCUCAAUUCUAUCGUGGGGGCUCUCAUUGAGGAAGGGCGCAUGCCAACCGGCGCGAUGAUAGACGCGGGCGCCAACCAGGGCGAAUGGGCGUGCUUCUAUGCGAGCGUCGUCCGAGACAAUCGUACCGUUUUUGCGAUGGAUCCAAUGGAGGCGAACGUCCGCCGGAUAUGGAAUCGCUACGUGCUCAAAGCCGGCUUGCGCAAUCUGCAGCCCAGCGUUGGCAUCCUUGGCAGCGUCGAUGGGACGAUCAGCCGAAGCGCGCUCGGCAAACAGAGUGCAUCGCAGCAGUACAACAACCUGCACCUUCUCAACUCACCCACGCGCGGUGUCCGCGGUGCGGACCUCGGUGGGCUUUCCGUUUACACGGUGGACGGUCUCUUCCAAGGUGCGUGGCGCGGUCAACGGCUCGGCUUUGCUCAUUGGGACGUUGAGGGCUCUGAGCUCGACGUGCUGCGCGGUGCGGUGGAAACGAUUGCACGCGACCAGCCGAUCUUCACCGUGGAGGUCCACGUCCACCAGGACCAGAAUUACACAACCAAUCUACUGCAGUACAUCGACUGGAUAAGCUACGACGCCUUUUUGGUUGAGGAGAUCGUCGGCCGCCGGUACGACGGUCGGAACCUGCUUUGCGUCCCGCGUUCACGGCGCGCCGAGCUCGCGCUGUCCUCGACGCUCGAUUUAGCGGCGGCGGCGCGAGCUAUCUUUGCGGUGAAUGCGAACAGCGUACACGAGCAUGCCUACCCGUGCUGCAAGCCAGGUGGCAAGUGCUGCCCAGCGUUGGGCAGCCGCUGCUGUCGGUCUGGCGACACUCUGCGGUGGCAUCGGCGGCAGGUCGCCGAGUGGGGCCGUGCAAACAGCAGCUUUCGAGGGCGCAACCCGCUGCUCUUCACGCACGUCAACUUCUUCUCGCAGUCCAGGUACAAGUGGUCCGCCCUGAAGUCUGGGUAG